GGCUGAUCUCUCCCCAAAGUCACGCGGUCUCCGUGCCUGAAGUCACCCAAGUGAAAAGAAAAAGGUAUUUUCCAGUAUACACCCAAACAGUCACUACAACCGCGGAUUCUAGAGUAGUCACCAUGAGUGACCUAAUACCAUCAUGGAAUAUUGUCCACAAAUUGGAGAAGCGUAAUCUUCUCAUCGCUAUCAAUUGCGUCGCGGCCUUGUCGAUCCUGUUCUUCGGGUAUGACCAGGGAAUGAUGUCGGGUGUGAACAACUCCAAAGACUACAUCGACCUUAUGGGAUUCGGAUAUACCAAGGAAGUGAAUGGAGAGCUUACCCCUGUCGUUACAGACAGUCUUUUACAAGGGGGAAUUGUGUCUGUCUACUACCUGGGGACUUUGUGUGGUGCACUAAUCGGUGGCUGGAUCGGUGACAAGAUUGGCAGAAUCAGGACUAUCGCUUCGGGUGCGGUCUGGGCGAUUUUGGGGGCGUCAUUGCAAUGCGCAGCGCAGAACCACAAUUGGAUGAUUUGCUCCCGUUUCAUCAAUGGUAUUGGCACGGGAAUCCUGAAUGCUAUUGUGCCCGUCUGGGCUACAGAGACAGCCGAACAUACCUCUCGUGGACAGUUUAUUGCGAUCGAAUUUACUCUCAACAUAUUCGGUGUCGUAGUGGCUUACUGGCUUGAAUUUGGCUUGUCCUUUAUCGAUGGCGGCAAAUCCGCGUUCCGCUGGCGCUUCCCCAUCGCGUUUCAAAUCAUCUUCUUGCUUCUCUUGUUUUUCUCGGUCUGGUUCUUUCCCGAAUCACCACGUUGGCUGGUCAAAGUUGGUCGCGAGCAAGAAGCACGUUACGUUCUUGGCCGUCUUCGAGGGAGUACCGGCGAUGAUGCUGUCCGCGCUGAAGCCGAGUUCCGGGAUAUCCAGAACGUUGCAGAAAUGGAACGAUCAAUGAAUCACAGCACUUCGUAUCUAGCAAUGCUUUUUGGACACAAGACAGGCAAACUGCAUCUUGGACGACGUGUGCAGCUGGUCGUCUGGCUGCAGAUCAUGCAGGAAUGGGUUGGUAUCGCGGGUGUCACUGUUUAUGCGCCCACCAUCUUUAGCAUCGCCGGCUUUGACUCGAUGAAGAGUCAAUGGCUUAGUGGUCUGAAUAACGUCUUCUAUAUGUUCGCAACGCUCGUAUGUGUCUUCACGCUCGAUCGUAUCGGUCGUAGAUGGACCUUAUACUGGGGAGCCGUCAGUCAAGGAAUCGCCAUGUUCCUAGCAGGAGGAUUCUCCCGCCUAGCCAUCAAUGCUCGCGACUCGGGCGAUGCUGCUCGCGCCAGUUCAUUCGGAGCAGCCGCAGCCGCAAUGAUUUUCAUUUUUACUGCUGCUUUCGGAGCCACAUGGCUGACAGUACCCUGGGUCUAUCCCGCCGAGAUCUAUCCCCUCGCAGUACGAGCCCGCGGAAAUGCCUGGGGCGUAGUCGGGUGGAGUAUCGGAAACGGAUGGCUGACACUUCUAUGCCCGGUGAUGUUCGGCGCUAUUGGCGAGAAAACGCUAUAUGUUUUCGCGGCUAGUAACGUGAUCGCAAUCCCGAUGGUGUGGGCAUUCUACCCAGAGAGCAAUCAACGUACCUUGGAGGACAUGGAUCUGCUUUUCGCGUCGGAGAGCCCGUGGGUAUGGGAUGCAGAGAAGACGUUCAAACAGCUGAAGGCAGAGAAUCCGGGAUAUGUGGAGGCGACGGCGCGAAAGGGUAGCGUGGUGUUGGAGCAUGUGGAUGUAUGAGCACACCUUAAU